GCCCAGGGACACACAACAAUUCUGUAUUUUUUUCAACUAACUGUUUAAUGAAAAAUAGCAGCCAAAUCUGCAGUUGCUUUGACACAUUUCUGAAAUAAUGACUCCUGUUUCCAGGCUGGACUUACACUGACGAGAGAGUCUCUGGCUUUGGUUGCAGAGCUUCUCUCAGCCUGAGCUUUGUUUUGGAGGGAGCUGGCUCCCACACUGGCAGCUGCAACAGGGGGACCAUACCCAACAAGGUUUCUGGCAGGAUCUUAUUUUGACAAAACAUUUACGAUGGUAAUAAAAAGGCUGUGUUUCUGUAUCUUAGCUAGUUUGGCCUUUCCCAGCUUGGUUGCAGCUUUGGCUUUGUUGAUGCUGUUCUGUAGCAGCAGGUGUGUCUGUGGUUUGUGAUGGGGAUGUUACACAUCCCCGUGUGCCUCGGGGUCAGCAGAGCUUUGGGAGUGAGGGGUCUCAGUGCUUUUUAACGGCUGCCCCCCUGCCCCAGGUGUGCACGUGUUGGUUCAUGUACCCCUGCACACCCUGCUGAGGGCACCAAAGAACCCUGGGCUCCACAGAGCCAGGCAGGGGGGUCACAGGCAUUCUAUGGAAGAGGUGGGAGCAUGAUCAUGGGUUAUCCCUCCUUCAUCACUGCACCCUCCUGCCUGCCAGCAGCCAGAAGGUCACAGCCUCCCUGCAUCUGGACCAUCACCAGGUGCUGCUGUUGUGUCGGUGUGGAAGAGGAAGAGGCACCAGAUAUCGACAUCUAUCAUUGCCCAAAUUGUGAGAAAACCCACGGAAAGUCGACCUUGAAAAAGAAAAGAAAUUGGCAUAAGCAUGAUACUGGCCAGACAACAGAGGUGAAGCCUGUGCAGAACGGGAGCCAGGUCUUUAUAAAAGAGCUCCGAAGUCGGACGUUUCCCAGUGCUGAAGAUAUUGUGGUGAAGGUCCCAGGCAGCCAGCUAACACCAGAGUAUUUGGAAGAGAAUGGCUUUGCAGAGCCCAUCCUGGUGCCCAAGAAGGACGGGCUGGGCCUGGCUGUGCCCGCUCCCACCUUCUACGUCAGCGACGUCGAAAACUACGUCGGCCCGGAGCGGAGUGUUGAUGUCACUGAUGUCACCAAGCAGAAGGACUGCAAGAUGAAGCUCAAGGAAUUUGUGGAUUACUAUUACAGCACAAACAGGAAAAGAGUCCUUAAUGUCAUCAACCUGGAGUUCUCUGACACCAGGAUGUCCAGUUUUGUAGAGCCUCCUGACAUUGUAAAGAAGCUGUCCUGGGUGGAAAACUAUUGGCCUGAUGAUGCUCUGCUGGCUAAACCCAAAGUGACCAAGUACUGCCUGAUCUGUGUGAAGGACAGUUACACCGACUUCCACAUAGACUCUGGCGGAGCCUCUGCCUGGUACCACGUGCUCAAGGGAGAAAAGAUAUUUUAUCUCAUCAAACCAGCCCCUGCAAAUAUUUCUCUGUAUGAACGCUGGCAGUCAGCAGCAAACCACAGUGAGAUGUUUUUUGCAGACCAAGUGGAUAAAUGUUACAAAUGCACCGUUAAACAAGGCCAGACACUCUUCAUCCCAUCAGGUUGGAUUUAUGCAACUCUAACACCUGUAGACUGCCUGGCCUUCGCAGGACAUUUUCUACACAGUCUAAGCGUUGAAAUGCAGAUGAGGGCAUAUGAAGUAGAAAGACGGUUGAAAAUUGUCAGUCUGACCCAGUUUCCAAACUUUGAAACAGCGUGUUGGUACAUGGGGAGGCAUCUACUAGAGAAAUUCAAAGGUUUGCAUAAAGCUGGACAGCAACCUCCUGCUCAUCUACUCCAAGGAGCAAAGAUUCUCAACGGUGCUUUCAGGUCAUGGACUAAAAAGCAGGCUUUAGCAGAGCAUGAAGAUGAACUACCAGAAAACUUCAAACCAGCACAACUCAUCAAGGACCUUGCCAAAGAAAUAAGAUUAAGUGAGAACGCUUCGAAAGCCAGCAAAGCAGACAUGAGUGCCAACACCACCACCGAGGAGACCUGUCCUGUGGAGAAGGAGGAGGCACCUUCACCUGUCCAAGUGACGCCUCCGCCCCCUCCCGCAGAAAAGCUCCCUAAAAAAAAGACUCCCAAAACUGUGAAAACCCCCAAACAACUCAAGCCAUCCAAACCCCCCAAACCUCCCAAGCCCCCCAAGCCCCCAAAGCCUCCCAAAACACCGAAAGUGAAGGGAGAAGGCAAAAAGAAAGGAAAGAAGGCAAAGGAGAGUCCCCCUCCAGCCAUCCCCAACCUCGACUUGCUGGAGGCACACACCAAGGAGGCUCUGACCAAGAUUGAGACGCCAAAGAAGGGGAAGGCUGCAAAGAAUGUUCUAAGUGUUCCCAAUAAGGAUUCUGCAAGCAAGCAGAAUGAGGUGGAGAAAUUUGAAGUCCGAGAGCAAAAUAAAAGCAAAACAGAAGCCAAAUGGAAAUAUAAGAACAGCAAACCUGAUUCACUUCUAAAAAUGGAAGAGGAACACAAAUCAGAAAAGACACCUUUAUCAGGAAAUAAGGACAACAAAUUUACAUUCUCUUUCUCUAAUAAGAAGUUGCUUGGUUCAAAGGGAGUCAAAACCCAGCUGAAUACUAGUGUGUUUGGGUCACUGCAGAAUUUUAAGGAAGACAAAGCCAAACCUGUACGGGAUGAAUAUGAAUAUGUGUCAGAUGAUGGUGAACUAAAAAUUGAUGAGUUUCCAAUCAGAAGGAAGAAAAACACUUCAAAAAGAGAACUGCCCUUUUUAUCAGAUAAAAAAGACACCCUGCAGCACACUCCUGUUAAGAAACCAAAGGUGGAGUCGGUACCAUACAAGAGCGAGGACUCGUCAGAUGAAGAUUUGCUUCACAUUGACACUGAGGCAAAGCCGGGACGUAAUUCCAAAGUAAAGAAAGAGAGUGGAAGUUCAGCAGGAAUUCUUGAUCUUUUGCAGGCAAGCAAGGAAGUUGGGGGUUUAGAGUAUAACACCAACAGCCAGCCACCUGCUUCCCCCAGCACCCAGGAAGCCAUCCAGGGCAUGCUCUCCAUGGCAAACCUCCAGGCCUCGGAGUCCUGCCUUCAGACGUCGUGGGGCACCAACCAGGCGAAGAACAACUCCAUCUCCACGCAAAACUCCAAAAAAACAGGCGGCGGCGGCAACAAAAACGCCGGGAAGCGGUUACUGAAGAAAAGCACAAAGAACAGCAUCGACAUCGAGGAUUACGACGAGGAUCAGGACCACUUGGACGCCUGCUUUAAGGACUCGGAUUACGUUUACCCUUCUCUCGAAUCAGAUGAAGAUAAUCCAGUUUUCAAAUCCCGAUCAAAGAAAAGGAAAAGUUCAGAUGAUGCCCCUUACAGUCCGACGGCACGAGUUGGCCCCUCAGUGCCUCGACAGGACAGGCCGGUGCGAGAGGGCACGAGAGUCGCCUCCAUCGAAACCGGGCUCGCCGCUGCCGCCGCCAAGUUGUCACAGCAGGAGGAACAAAAAGGCAAGAAGAAAAAAAAUACCAAAAAGAAGCUGUCAGCCCCCAACGCAAGCAAAGCGGCUCAGGAAGGCAGCUCGCCCGAGCCGAAGCUGGAGUCACAGGCCAGCAGCCUCACAGAUCACGAGUACACCGCAGGGGCCAGCACCUUUGGGGUCGCCCAGCCUAACAGGGGAUCGCAGCCGAUGGCACCCGGUGUUUUCCUAACACAGAGGAGACCCUCUUCAUCCUCGCAGAACAAUGCCUCUGCCAAAGGGCCUUCACAUGCCGUGUGUGCCGUGGGGAUGCAGAAGUGCAGACGUUUGGAUGCAGGUCAGAUCCAGUCAGAGAUAGGGCCCAUGGCCUCGGCUGUCCUGGCACUGGGGGCCAAAGAGGUGUUUUGCUCCUGGGCUGUUGGUUGCAGGGUGUGAGGCAUCCCAUGUCAGGAGCACUGCUGAGCAUGGCCUGAGCUCGUGAGGAACACCCACAGUGUCACAUCCCAGUCCAGGCUGUCUGGCAAAGCCUUGUCUGGGGAAAGAGGAGACUGUUCUGUUCAGAGUAGGGCAGCACUGUGGUGGUGGCAGGGGUUGUACACCACCCUGUGCUGACUGUACUUGAGGACUCUCCUCCCAGGCUGUGUGAGGCAGGGCACACUGCAGAUCUCUCUGGAGAGUUGCCUCAAAGGAGCAGAGGAAUAGCAAACCUUGGGAGUAACACAGGUUACAGGAAGAGGUCUCUCGUUGUCUGCCAUAGGGAAAGUGUGACAAAGCUGAGGCUGUGCCCAGAUCUGGGCUAGGACCUCCUGUUCUCUGCUUGAACUUGGAUCAGGAGGUGUGGCUGAGGCAGGAGUGUGGGACAGGCGCUGCGUAGUGUGAAGGUUCUGUGUGAUCCCACUGGGAAAGACCCUGAUGUGAGGCAAUGUGGUACAUGUUUUCUGAAUUCCCUGUUUUUGAGUGGAGCAGAUAGAGGAAGUGGAAGGUAUCCUGGCAACUUGGAUGGGCCAUAAAGGAGGAUGAGUAUAGCCUGUGGUAGGUGCUGGGGUUCUGCCAGGAGCUAGUAGUAUUUGUGGCUUUCUGCAGAGCCAGAGUGGAAGGAACGUGUUUGCCUGGAAUUCUGCCUUUGUGUUGAAAUGGUAGCAUUAGGGAAACAGUUCCAAGGUAGUGGAAGAUGUGGUGGGAAGAUGAUCCAUCAGAUCCAGAUGCUGAUGGAGCCAACCCCCAGUGUGGCUGGUGAGCUGGCCAGCACAGCAGGGUGUUGUGCAGGGAGCCUGGCCAGGCAUGUGGAUCCCACCCUCAAAGGAGGGAAGGGGUCAUUGCCAAGAGAGGAGAGGCUGAUGUGGCAGGGAGUGGAGCACCAUCAGGUAGGUCUUCCUGUGCAGAGUCUUAGGACAGCUGAAGGCUCUGAGGGGACUGCAAAGCAUCUCUGCAUGGAGCACAGGAGAGUACUGAGUGUGGGGACCACCAGGUUGGGCAUCACUUGGAAUGAAGGCACUAUGGAAGGAAAUGGUGGGAUGAAGCAGAACCAGGGAGUUCUAGGACCUCCUCAGGAAAGGUCUCUCAGUCUUACAGAGUGAUGUGAAAGGAAGAGAAAUGAGGAAACUUCUUGUGGGAAGUGUCACCCACACCACCACAGUCUUUAAAUCUGGGGCACUUAAAGCACCUGGGACCAGUGGAGAGGAGCUGAGUCCCUGCAGGCACCGCACUUGACUGACCCUGUGGCAGAUCAGUGGGAAGGGGAGAGGUUGCCUGGGUUUGUGCCCAGCAGUGCUGGGGCAGUUCCUGGCUGUAUGGUGGUAGCUGGGGAGAGCUGAGGAGCGGCUCCAGUUCCAGGAGCAGCACACAGGGAGCACAGAGCUCACUUAACCACAUUGCUGGGGCUCCUGGUGGUGGUGGUGUCCUCAUCAGGAUGAGGACAGGGAGUGACGUCCACCUGGGGUGUGUGGGAGUGCCUUGGUGCUAGUCUGGAUCUGCAGGAUCCAUGUGUGUCUGUGUGUGUGUUUCCAGCAUCCUUCUGGUGAGGCUGGAUGCAGGUGGUGUGUCUGGCACUGCAGGAAGAGAGGGCAAGGAGAAAUAUGGAGAUGUGGUGGUAUGUGGGUUGGUCUCAAUGUGGUGAGUGAGGGACCAGGCAUCCUCAAGGCAGUGCUUGUCCCGGGACCUGUGGUGGCAUGUGAGCUGAGGAUCCCUGUGCCACAUGUUUCCCGUAGAGGAAAUCAGAGAGGAGCCCAGAGAUCCCUGAGGAGCCUGCAGGUGCAAGGAGCUCUGUGUGUGUGUGUGUUCGUGUAUGUGUUUGUGUGUCUGUGUGUGUGUGUGUUCGUGUAUGUGUUU